AUGUCCAUGUACGAAGAAGAUGAGCCAUUCGACUUCGGGGGACGUAGCGGCGGUGUCGUGCACACCGGCGUGGCAAGCCUCGACACGAUCAUGCAGUCACUGAACAAGCGCUACGAAGUAUACCAGCGUAGGCGUACCGCCAUGACGCCGUUCGGCUCACCAGGUGACCCCUCUAUCCUCGUACCACCCGCCUCGCACUCCAUCCUGGACGACAGCACGAUCGUCAGCGGCGCCUCAGUCAACGGCGGCGGCGGCGUUAGUGGUGGUGGCGGCGCUGCAGCGUCGCAGCCGCACGAGUCUCCGAAGGAAUCCAUUGUCUUCCCUCGCGCGCAACCGGCCCCGUACUGGGAAGAGCGAGAGCUCUACAUCGUUGCCGAGGGCCUAUGCUGUUGUCUCAACGGCGGCAUCAACUACCGGCUGCUGUGCGAGCAGUAUCAGCGGGCACUAGAGGUUCUGCUGACGCUAGUGCGCGAAGAUCUGCGUCUGUGCGUGUCGAGCGAGAUGGAGCUAGUGCCAGGCGGCAUGGCAAAGUCGUUUCUUGCAAAGUUCAAGGCGCUCUUGCAGGAGUCCAGGCGUAUGCUGGGCGAAGCAGGAGUGAACAUAUCACCCCGGUUGGAGACCGUCAUUGAGCAGCUGCCCAACGGCAGCAGCAUCAUCAGUGGUAGCGGCGGUGCUAGUCAUGCCUCCCUGAACGCUGGCCACAACACCGCAGCCGCUGCUUCGUCGAACCGCGGAGCGACCACACCAGCAGCAACGUCGAUGGCAUUCUGCGCUGGCCGUACCCCAAACUCAUCCAUGAUGUCGAACGGGCGACCCACCGGCACGAGCGGUGGCGGCGAGUCCGUAUUCGCGACGCCCCCCACCGCCGCGAACCACAGCGGCAACCUUCCCAGCCUCUACGCGCAGUUGUAUCACUCUGUGCCACCGUACAGGCGCCCACCUUCGGUAGGCAUGCGCAGUGUCAACGCCCGCGAAGGCGAGGUGGACGGCGGUAUCGCGGCGGCUGCCAGACGACGGCCACCAAUGGCUCCGCCAAGCCGCCCGCAUCUAGCGUCCCCCGACAACGGGUACCUGCAGCUCGGCCACCCUUGCGGUGGCAGCGGAGAUGGAUUGUCACGGCCGCAGCAGCAGCAGCAACCGGCGGCGUCGUCGUCGUCCUUCGGGCACUUCCCCUCCGCGGGUGCUUGUAGCAGCACGCCGAACUUGGCGAACAUCGUGGACAACCCGGUUGAGGGCCGCGGCAGCGCAGGCGGGGAAAGUGUCAGUGGUGUCGAUGUACGCAGCUCGCAUGAAGAUGGCGGCAGCAUCAAGCGAGGCGGUGUUGGUUGCCUGAAUUCUUGGUUUUCGGGGGCUGCUCUGACACCGAGAACCAGUGGCAAGGCGUCCCCCAUCACCCCAGCCGGACGCCCCCUCCAGCGCCACGCGCCGCCGCAGCUAGCGCCGGCAACCGUGAAGCAGCGUACCGUUACCGAGAGUACGUCGCCCGUUCCCGCCACGCCCCCGUCGGAUGGCGACGUACCAGGCGUGCAUGGAUACUCGCACACAGCUGUAGGGGACAGAAUUGUUGGCAGCAGCUCAGCCGUGAAGAUGCAGGCCGAACUGCUGGCCGCAGAGGCAAUUGGCGAAGACGCGAACGGCACGUUUGCCGCCCCAGCGCCGGUGCAUGGUCGCCUUCGGCAACUGGAGGCGCUCUACGGGGAGUUUUACGCGAUGGACGGCAUGGCCCUGCUCAUCGAUGCUCUCGGCGUCGUCUUCACUCGCGAGUACGACCAAGGAACUGCGCGGCAACCCAAACACGCCUUCACCGCCUUCCAGCAGGAUGUGAACGGGAAGGUCAUGCCAGUCCUGCAGUCGCGCGAAAGUCUGCAGCUCUGCAUCACCGACCUACAGCCGCUGCGGAGCUCCUACCUCGCGAGCUGUCUGGCGCACCACGUGCGGCCCAACAACACGGUCCUCGACGACCUCAAGAAUAUCGAUAACGACCGCUCUGUGGAGACGAUGCACUUGGAAGGGCUGCACCUCGGCGACCGCGGUGUGGUGGCAUUCGCCGAGAGCGUCUUGCCUCGGCUGUACCGACUGCGUUGGCUGGACCUCAGCAACAAUGAUGUGAACGAUAGCGCUCUCGAGCCGCUUCUACGCUCCAUUCGCUACCACCCUUCGCUGGAGCACCUGAACCUGUCACGCAACCCGCUGACCGACAACGCUCUGCCGUUCCUGCUGCGCAUUGCCCGAACGUUGCCGCGGCUGUCAGUGCUGCUGCUGCAGAGCUGCGCCAUGAAGCCGGCAACACGGCAGAUGGUGGAAGCCGAAGUGGCAGUCUCCGGCACGUGCACGGUGCCAGUGGCUGCGUACCGGUGCAGUUCGCAGGCCCCCAUUCGUUUCAGCAGUGUCAACAUCGCGGUGAAGAGGGCAACCGCAGCCUCAGAACCGCUACCGGGACCGCCUUCGGGUCUGCCACGCCUUGCACCCCCACGGGGCGAGCGGCGACCCCGGUGA